AUGGAGGAUCACUGUGAUGUCCUCUACCCCAGCUCUGUCUGCAAGAGGGACAGCAAUGUUAUCACUCCAGCUUGGAUAACUUAAGAAAGCUGUGGGACUUCAAAAAUGGCAGGAACAUCAAAUGAUAUGGGAACUCUGCAUGAGUCAUUUAGAAAGUUUGCAAUGCAUGGGGACACCAGCUCAAGUGGCAACGAAAUGAAUGGGAAGAACUGGUCCAAAAUCUGCAAAGAUUGCAAAGUCAUUGAUGGCAAAACAGUCACUUCAACUGACAUAGACAUUCUCUUUUCAAAAGUAAAAUCCAAGUCAGCUCGGGUAAUCACCUUCGAAGAGUUUAAAAUGGCUCUGGCAGAACUUGCUCCAAAAAGGUUUAAAGGCAAAAAUCAAGAGGAGGCACUCGCAUCAAUUUAUGCUCUUAUUGCCGGAAGAGAUCCAACUAAUGCUGGAGUGACGGUUGCACAUAAAGGAGGUGGUGUUGAGAGACUAACAGACACCUCUAAGUACACUGGAUCCCACAAGGAACGUUUUGAUGAAAGUGGCAAAGGCAAAGGGCUAAGUGGCAGGGAGGACAUAGCAGCAAAUACAGGUUAUGUGGGGAAUUACAAAGGAGCUGGAACUUACGAUGAAAAAGUGAGAAAAUAA